CGGACGAGCCGAGGGCUGCGCUGAGAACGUUGCAGCUGUCACUAUGGACGCGGAAGUGCGCUGACCUCGGUUUGCUUUAAAAUAGGGUUCAGUUUCCCUGACAGUCGUAUUUGGUCGAAUACGACGGGAAAUUCCCCUCCCCACCCCAGCCUAGACCCACUGCGCGGGCCGCGUAGCUCAGGCCGGUCCCACGCGGCGGUCAGUGCCCCGGCGCGUCCUCGGCUCCGGGAGCUGCCCUUGAGGCGCCGUGGGAGCACCCAGGCGACAGCUCCUAAAAUAGUCGGACCUGCGCCUAGCCUAGCAGGAAGACAGUAAUCGUGGGAAUUCAGCUACCCACCCGAGCAAUAUGAAGAUUGUUUUUGUAGAACCUGCCAUUUUUCUUAGUGCAUUUGCUAUGACAUUGACCACUCCACUGACAACACAAUAUGUUUAUAGGAGAAUCUGGGAAGAAACUAGCAACUACAGUUUUGCAUUUGAUAGCAAUAUUUCUCAAUGUGAAAAAAACAAAAGCAGCCCACUUUUUAUAUCCCAAGAGGAAGUUCAGAAAAAAGCAUCUCUUUUUAGUCUGCAGAUGGACAUGAGUGGAUUAAUUCCUGGCCUAGUGUCUACAUUCAUACUCUUGUCUAUUAGUGAUCACCACGGACGAAAACUCCCUAUGAUUUUGUCUUCUGCUGGUGCUCUUGCAACCAGCAUUUGGCUCUGUUUGCUUUCCUAUUUCGCUUUGCCAUUCCAGCUUUUAAUCGCAUCCAGCUUUAUUGGUGCACUCUGUGGCAAUUAUACCACAUUUUGGGGAGCUUGCUUUGCCUAUAUAGUUGAUCAGUGUAAAGAGCACAGACAAAAAAUAAUUCGAAUAGCUAUAAUUGACUUUAUACUUGGACUUGUUACUGGACUAACAGGACUGUCAUCUGGCUACUUUAUUAGAGAACUAGGUUUUGUCUGGUCAUUUUUAAUUAUUGCUAUGGCCCUUACUGUUAACCUGAUUUAUAUUUUAUUUUUUCUCGGUGAUCCAGUAAAAGAGCCUUUAUCUCAGAGCGUUACUAUGUCAUAUAGUGAAAGCUUUAAAAGCUUAUUUCAGCGAACUUACAUGCUUUUUAAAAAUGCUUCUAGCAAGCAGCGGUCUUUACUCUGUUUGUUACUUUUUACAAUGAUCACUUAUUUUUUUGUGAUAAUUGGUAUUGCUCCAAUUUUUAUCCUUUAUGAAUUAGAUUCACCACUCUGCUGGAAUGAAGUUUUUAUAGGUUAUGGAUCAGCUUUGGGUAGUGUCUCUUUUUUGAGUAGUUUCCUAGGAAUAUGGAUUUUUUCCCACUGUAUAGAAGAUAUUCAUAUAGCCUUCAUUGGAAUUUUUACCACCAUGGUAGGAAUGGCUUUGACUGCUUUUGCCAAGACAACACUGGCCAUGCUUUUAGUCAGGGUGCCGUUCCUUUUCGUUAUUGUGCCACUGUCUGUUCUGCGGUCCAUGUUGUCAAAAGUGGUUCCUUCUACUGAACAAGGUACCCUCUUUGCUUGUGUUGCCUUCUUAGAAACACUUGGUGGAGUCACUGCAAUUUCUACUUUUAAUGGAAUUUAUUCAGCCACCGUUGCUUGGUACCCUGGCUUCACUUUUUUGCUGUCCGCGGGGCUGUUACUAAUUCCAGCAAUCAGUCUGUGUGUUGUCAAGUGUACCAGCUGGAAUGAGGGAAGCUAUGGACUUCUUAUACAGGAAGAAUCCAGUGAAGACACUUCAGACAGAUGAUUGUGAUUUUUUUUUUUUAAAUUAAUGCACGUCAUACUCUGUGACUUCUAAUGAACAUUAACUCCACAGUCAGCAUAUCAUUCGUUGUAAAUGUUAGAUAUCCUUUCUUCUACACUGAAUACUCAGAGAAACUGCUCCUGGCUUCAGCUUUUCACACUUUGGGCACUUUGUACACAUCAUGCAAUAUAGUUCUAAUACACAAAGGGACAAAUCUCAAACCCUUCUCACUUUAAGACUUAUAAAAGGGCAUCUAGAACUUAAAGAUGUAGGAGAGAUUAAGGAACUCGAAGAGGUCAAAAGCAGUAAUCUCUCUGAUGUACACUGGUCUCUCAAACAGAGACCAAUGAGAACUCUUUACCUCAGUUUCCUCAUCUGCUAAAUGGGUUUCUGACCUCUCUCAGGGAAAAAUUAUGAUGAAUCACUCACUGCAAACAAAAAAGAAAUGAUAUAUGUGUAAGAUACUUGCAGUAUAAUUUUACCUAUACUUGGGUAAUGCUUUGUUUUAUAGAGCCCAUCAAGGUGCUUUUGAUAGUUAAUGCUGUUGAUAGACACAAAAUCCUUACAAGGAAAGCACUUUAAAGAAUAUAUCUUUUCACUUUUCCUAGUAUGUUUCAUCAGUGACAAAAAUAACAUUUCUAUGUAUAACACAGGUGUGACUGGGAACAAAUAACAUUAAAAAUUUAAUUGUUUAAAAUAAAUUUUAAAACUGAGCAAAUAGCUAAUCAUAAUAUAAUGAAACUAAUAUUGAAGACCCAG